AUGGCUGACAUCUGCACUGUGGCCGCGGGCUCCUGCUAUGGAGUUGUCGUCCUCACAACAGCUGCCGACAUUCUCACGUUUCGGGCGAAGACCACCAAGUCUGGAUUGGUGAUUGAGCAGCAGCACUCCACGAAGCUUCCGCACACACUUGCGUCCCCAGCCUCUGUCUCGCUCACGCCUGAUGUGCUGGCUCUUGGAACAUGGGAGCACGGCCUGUGGGUCUGGCAAGCGCCAUUUGAGAAGAAGCAGAAAAAGGAGCUCCAUGGGCAACAGCUUCUUGGCGAUGGCUGGGAAGUGCACGCCGUCACGAGCAUAGCUCCUUCAUGUGUGCUGUGUUGCGGGAGUGACUUGCGCGUGCACUGCUUCAACAUUGGCGACACGGCCGGCGGCUCAAAGAGCAGCGUUGUGCACGAGGCAGCCAUCUCCACCAUCACCCACGAUGCAGCUCACAACACCGUCAUUUCGUCGGGCCUGGACGGGUUGCUCUGCGUUUGGCGGCUCACCACCUCGCGCCCGCGCCCUGGUGGCAGCAGCAACGCCGACACACCCCUCUUCGCCAUUUCAGGACCGCCGCUCCUUGCCGUCGAAAUCACAGGGCGGCUGCCAAUCAUAUCCCAUUGUCAUGUUGGACGGUUUCUGCUGCUGGUGCAGCGUGAAGAUUCGUCGCACAUGGUGUCUGCCAUUGAGCUGCCAGCAGCAGCAACAACAACAGCAGAAACACAGCACUGCACGAGUACCAGUGAUGACACCAAACGCGCAACCAGCACGAUGGCCGACGAAGGUGGCCGGGCGUCCAUGUCUCUUGCCGCCACUACAUGGGUGCUUCGCCAUGUACCCGUCCAACAAGAUGUGCACGUGUUUGAGGAGCCGUUGCUACAAGACGCUGACGGCGACCCCAGCAAUUUGGACAGCACUGCACCCGACGAGAGCACCGCAUAA